CGCGGUUUGUAAAGAGACUAAAUGGUCAACUGAUAGGGUUGUACUUCACUAUAUUCAAAUAAAAACUUACGGAAAAUAACAGAAACCUUUCAUCAGUUGGGAUUCAAAGCAGUGCUAAGACCAGCCGAUCAACAUUUGGAGGGAAAGGUGUACUAGGAUCUUCUGGGUUUUCAAAUUGGACACAUAUUAUGUAACAAAUUCUUUAUCAUGGAGUGGAAGACAACUUCAUAAAAAUGUGCUUUAAUUAAGUAGAUAAAAUAUCUUUGUUAUUAACGUCAACAAACUACAAGCAUGCUGGACUACUGCUCAAAUGACAACGGGUCUUCUGGAUUUCACCAGAACACAAAUUCGAACUCGAUGUCCAUGGCAUCACUAUUGAACAUGAAUGUGAAUAUGGACUCCAACGGGAGACAACCAGCAUUUGUGCUCAGUUCUCCCCCUUUAGCAGCCCUUCAUAACAUGACAGAAAUGAAGGCCCCUGUGACCUCAGCGGCUGCGGCCAACUUCCUUUCGUCUGCUCAGUAUCAGCAAUCUCUGAAGAAUUUCUCUGCAAGUUCUACCCCUCAUGGAAUACAGGAUAUCUUGAGUAGGCCUCAGAUCCAUGCUUUGGGACUUUCCAGGUUAAAUGCCGCUGGAAUGUAUUUGAAUUCACAAAGCAGGUUGCCAAAAUUAGCUGAACUUCCAGGACGACCCCCUAUCUACUGGCCAGGACUGCUCAAUGGACCAAGUUGGAGACCCAACGGUGCAGGGAACAUCGUGGUGGACAAGGAUGGAAAGAAAAAACACACAAGGCCAACUUUUUCUGGACAACAGAUUUUUGCCCUUGAAAAAACAUUUGAACAGACCAAAUAUUUGGCUGGUCCCGAGAGAGCUCGAUUAGCAUACGCGCUGGGAAUGUCCGAAAGUCAAGUCAAGGUCUGGUUCCAAAAUAGAAGGACAAAAUGGAGAAAGAAGCAUGCAGCGGAAAUGGCAUCGGCCAAGAAAAAGCAAGAACAAGCUGAAGACCUGGAAACUUCCGAUAUAGAAGAUGACCAAUCGUCUGACAGUUGUAAACUACGUGACCAAAUGUCAGAAUACUUAGAACAGGCUGGCUUGUAGCAAUUCAAGAAAGAAUCUCGGCGCAUUCGUCUGCAAUAAAAAUAGUGCUAAUAUAAAAAAAAAAAUGGCCAUACAGCGACGGCUGCUCACGGAAUCGGACACCAUGUAGAAGUGACCGCAUGCUACCAUUUGGCAAUAUUUCACCGAGGGAAACGAAACACAUUGUGUUGAGGCUCGAUAUUUUUGUACGUUGAUAUCUAGAUUGUUUCAUUAUUACAGGAAGUUUAAUAUUUUGAUUUGAAUAAGGAAAUAGUGCUUUUUUGUAGCCGUGACAACUGAAUGACUGUGUGAUAAAUGAUGAGACGGUGGCGUACUAGAUAGAGUGUCUCGUGUAUUGAUAGGCAGACUUCAUACAUUGGUGCUAGUUGCAUUUAUUAGUGUAUUUGUAGGACUUUAAUAUGAUCGGAUACGGUACUGAAAAUGAUAGAAUUCGUGCAAGUGCCGAUUUAUAUUACAUCCAUUUGUUUGUUUUUCAGUAUUUCUCCCAUUAAACCAUUAAGGGUAUCAUUUUUAAGAUGCAUGUUACACUGACUUUCUUACAAUAUAUAUCUAGGGUAAAACUGAUCACAUGUCCACAGUAGCGAAUCCAUUGAGUAGUUCCUUCCAUUAUCAAUCAUCAACAUUUGGUUCUGAAUUUGAGGCAUUAAGUAAAAGAUCUCCUGGCCAUCCUACUCGGCUCAUGUUGUCUCCGGAACAUUGACACCCGUGUCAUUCUGAGUUUUAGGCGCAAGUCCAUGGAACGCGAGAAAUCGUAUCUUUUAGAAUGACGAAGAAAGCGCCAAAGUCAGUACAAUAUUUCACCCAAUAUUGACAUUUCAAAUCCUUCAUUCAUUACCCCUAUAUUUAUCAAGAUUUGGUUAUCAAAAAGAUUAGUUGACUCGCGUCAAGUUUGACAGAGGAUACUUCUCUAUGUACCAUUCCAAGUUACUACCAGUCAGUCGACUCUAUGAAACCUUCUCUUUAGACAUAUGCAUGUCGCGCACAACAUGAGGUCAACUAUGGUCAAAUUUUGAUCGCGGGCCUAGACUUAACAAUCGGCUAUACCUGUCUUAGAGGACAUGUUGUCUCUUGUUUUAUAUUUGUUCCUUUAAAUGAUGCAUAAAACAAGAUAACAAACAUCCAAACAAAAGUUCCCAUUCAAAAUCUCCAUUUUCUUCUCGGAAACAGUUCUCAAUUCUUCUACGCUAUGCUGUUUGAUGUUGAGAGUGGCCUAGUUUUGAAAAAUUAUUAUUUUGGGAAAAAUGAAUUUCCGAUUAAAAAAAAAUCUAAAAUAUAACACGAAAACACGGUCCAUCAGGUGGGUAUAUUUAUCUAGGCUGUGUCGCUCUAUCUCCCAGAUACGGUUAAGACGUACAUCAGAGCCAACGGUUCAAUUUCGAUUUACAGCCAUUAUACAGUGUUAUAGGCGAUUCAUUUCAAUAGAAUUCGCGUGUAUUAUUAGCAUUAAGAAAAUCGUGCAAUAGCUAGUAUUGACAAAAACAUAUAUCCACCAGAUUAGGGAAACAUCAUGUUUCUGUUGGAAUCUCAGAACUAGGGACUUAAUAAAAUAACUUUAUAUCUUAUCUUUGCCUAUUUCGGUUUCUUUGAAACACAGUGACUGUUUAUUUAGUAUUUACCUGAGGAAAGGUAUAGCUGAUAUUUAAAUUUCUGCAUUAGUAGAACAAGGAUAAAUGCAGCUUUCCGCAAUCAUUUUCCGUGCAUAUAAUGACGGGGCUUACUGCGUAAGACGCCCUGACAAGCAAUUAAUUUUGACUUUUUUAUCGGGUAAAAUGAUCUAUAAAAAUAUCUGUGUAUGUUUUUAUUUGAAUUUAUAUUGUACAUGUUUUUUCAGUGAUAAAGUUCUAUUUCUAUAUCAGGAUUAAUGACGAUAUUAAAGAAAUAAUAAUAACAACAACGGUUUUUUGUUUGAUUUUUACUAUGGUUGUUGUUUGAUUUAUGCUAUGGUUGGAGUGCAUGC